AGUUCUCAUCACCAGAGCGAAUCGAUAGUUAAAGAAGCCUGAAUAUUGCAGCUCUAUUUCGGCACCGACAGAACGUGACAUCACGAGUUUACAGUGGGGAAAACAAUGGAGGAGCAGAAGCUGAAAGAUCCUAUUAAUAAAGUGUCUUUGAUCAAAGAUGAGCUGAGCAGGAGCACUGUGGAGGCCAGUGAGUCUGAGAAGGUCAUCCAGCGCCUGAACCAGGAACUGCAGGAGGCCAAUGAACAGGCCAACUCGGGCAAACACAAGUGUGGCGAACUCCAAGGUCUAUUGGAGGAGGAGAAAAAAGCCAAUAAGCAGCAGGCAGAGGAGUCAGCAAAACAGAUAAAGGUCUUGCAGACUCAGCUCCAGAAGCAGCAGGAUGACAUGGAGAAUCUCAGGGAUCAGAAGGACAGCGUGGUCUUCAGCAUGAGACAGGAGGCGCACGCAGCUCAGGAGGAAGUGCAGGUGUUGCGCCGCACUAUGGAGAAAACGGCUGCCGAGCGAGAGCAUGAGGUCAGCGCGCUGAAGGGGAACUUGGCGACGCUAACUUCUGAGCUGGAGAAAUGGCAGUUGGCCGCAAACAAGUACGAGCGUGAGCUUGACAGUGUACAGGCCAGUCAACAACAGCAGAACCAGCAGAGAGACAGAGCUGCCAAACAGCAAGCGAGCGAGCUGGAGCGGCUGCAGAAGGACUGUGAGAGCCUGAGGAGGGAGUGUGUGUCUCUGAGGUCAGAGAGAGAGCAUCUGGCUGAUAAACAGCAGAAAGAGAAGAUCAGCCUGCAGAGUGAGAGCAACACCCUGCGCUCAGAGAAAGAACAGCUAAUGAAGAAACAACAGCAGCUGGAGAAAGAGCUGGACAGCUCCAAGAAACAGACCACAAGCCUGAGCAACACGGUCAAGACCCUGGAGAAGACGCAGGUGGACAUGGAGAAACGGCUGAGCGUCCUGCAGGAGGAACACCAGAGAGACACUAGCCAGCUGGAGCAAGGCAAUAGCAGGAUCAAAGAACUGCAGAAAGAGUAUGAGGAGAUCCAGUCAGAGCUGUCAGGCCUCAGGGAGAAGUAUGAGAAUGUAGAGGAGGAGAAAGGCUCCAUCAGUCUAGAGCUGCAGCAGAGCCAAGAGCGCCUGAGGCUUCUGCAGGACAAAGACAACUAUGGAAAAUGGAUCAGGUGGAUGCCUGUUGCCGCUGUAACCAUUGCUGUGACGGGGUAUUUGCUUUCAAAGACCUCAAAAUGAACAACGUGAUGAACCAGUAACAAGCGCACACACCGUGACAUUCAUACCUAGUCAAUCUUUCUCAGACAUGUUAACAUUUGUGUCCUUUUAGUCUGUGUGGUGUUAGUUUGAGUAAAAAGUGUUUAAAUGCAACUUUCUACUCGCAUACCGACGGCCUUAGAAUAAUAUCAUCACAACAUUCCCUCAGUUGCACCAUACAUAUAUAUUUUAAAUUUGACAUUGUGUAUGCAUAGCAUUUGAAGUAUCUGGCUAAUAACAGGUAUUUUAUUGAACACUGUUGCUUUGCCAAACAAACACUUAGAGAAUUGCCUUAAAUAACAUACAGUAGCAUCAAAUAAACAAACGUUUAUACCUUCCAUGAGAAGUGAUUGAGAAUUGCAAAUCCCACUGCAAUAACAGAUUCGAGACAUGAUGCAUCCAUUUAAGUUUUAAUACAUUCUGUGGCUUAAAGGCCUAAAUCCGCCAUGUAAUGUGUAUGUCCUUGCACCUUAUACAAAGCCAUUAGUAAUUAGUCUAUGCACUGUUCUUUGUGAUAAGAAUUUGACGUAUUAUUAUUAUUAUUAAUGAUGAUGAUGAUGAAAAUAAUCACUGUUCACUUAGGACAUUAGAGAGCUAUUUUGUCCUAAAGAGACUUAUAAUAUAGUGUUUAUGAUUUAUGUUUAUUAUUACUUGUACAGAGAUUUAAGGAAAAGCUACCUGAUCUAACAAACAUGCAAUUCCAAUAAAUAAAUGUAGUUCA